UCGCUCUCUCUUCCAACAGGAAAAAACUCAAACUAAAUCUUCAAUCGGCUGUAUUUCGAACAAUUAAUAGCGGAGAUCGCCAAUUAAAUCGAACUUUACUCUUAUUUGAUUAGUGGAGAGAACUCAUUAUCUAUCUUGAGGGAUGAAGCAGUGAAAGUAGAGCAAUACGAAGAGUUCACACUGGAAUUUUGUAGGAGUUAGGCAAUGUACUUAUGCUUCAUGGCAGAGAUUGCAAGUGUCUAGGUUAAAGAGUUUUAAUGGGCGCGUAUUUAAUACUGGGAUAAUUGAAUUUCUUAAACAUUGGUACCAUUCGACAUGGAAGAGCCACAGGCGUAGUGUUUUUUGACGUGCAAUGCACGUGCUCCCUACUUGUACAUAUAAAUACGAUCCAAAACGGCCGUAUAUCACUGUCAAAAUUCUUUGUUGUAAACGUUUUAGCUGGAACCUUGAAAACCUGAAAACUCUUUCAGAAGAAGAAGCUAGAAAUCUUGGAAUUGGGCGGUUUUGUUUCAAACUGUAAAUUAGGGUUUCUGAGCGAUAAUUGAAGAUGAAACAAUCAUCCAAAGACCCCUUUGAAGUUGCUUUUGAAGAAGAUGAAGACGAAAACAAUGAAGAAGAAGAAGAAAAUCAUACUACUACUGCAAAUAAUAAUAAUCAAUCAGUGAAACUAGAGUUAGACGAAGAUUACGACGAAGAAGAUGAAGAAGAAGAAGGUAAAGAGAAAUCAAUUGAAUCUCCAAAUAGAGACAAUGAAUUUGAUGAGGAAACCCCAACAGCAACAACAAUAAAUCGGCGACCUGGUAAAGAAGUUGUUAUUGCUGAUGGUGGUGGUGGUGGUGAUGAUGAAUUGAGAAGAACUGGUAAUGUUAAUGAAGUAGCAUCAACCGGAAAUCAGAGAAAUAAGAAGAGGAAAAUUGUAAAGAGUAGUAAUAAAGAAGAUGAAGAUGAAGAAGAGGAUGAGAAUAUGGAUGUUGAUCUUGUUAAGUUUACACCUACUGGUGAUCCUGCUAAGAUGGCCAAAAUGCAGGAAAUUUUAUCGCAGUUGACAGAUGAACAGAUGAGUAGAUAUGAAUCCUUCAGAAGGUCAGGGUUUCAGAAAGCUAACAUGAAAAAGCUCUUAGCAAGCAUCAUCGGAACUCCAAAGAUCUCAGUACCAAUGACAAUUGUUGUAUCGGGGAUAGCCAAGAUGUUUGUUGGAGAGCUAGUUGAAACAGGUAGGAUGGUUAUGACAGAGAGGGGGGAGACUGGACCCAUCAGACCUUGUCACAUCAGGGAAGCCUAUAGAAGGCUAAAGUUGGAGGGAAAGGUACCAAAGAAAUUUGUUCCUCGGCUCUUCCGGUAGGUGUAGUGUUGGAGUUGCUGCUUAAGGGUGCAACUUGGAUUGCUUCUGUUCACCAUUUAUGCGUCUCAUCAUUUAAUAGCCUAGAGAUUUAGCAAUCUGAGUAUAUUAAAUCUCUCAUCAUUGUUAUCAUGGACUAACACUUGAGGAUGACCUGUAAAGUUCAAGUAGAAGUAUGAAUAAUAAAUUCAUGGAAAUGAUCUUUUUUUGAUGGAAUUCUGGUUUAUGCAACCGAUUUUUAGUG